AAUGCAAUCACUUUUCGUUAAAUGUCAAAAGUGUCAACAAAGACCAGCCACUAUUAAAUGUUCAUAGUGCAGAUAUGGAUAAACAUAUAGACUCUGUUAUUCUUGUGAUUCACAAGUCCAUAAUAGAACUGGCCCUAUUGAUCAACAACACAAAACUGAAAUAAUUCCAUAUUAAGGUAUCAUCUUUAACUUGAAAUAGAAAUGUAUUUAAAAAAUUAAAGCUUUGUUCCAGCUCCUUCUUAAUCUGAAUAGAGGAAUUCUCAAAAAAAAAAUGAUUUCAAAGCUUAACCUCCAACUAAGGAUUAUUUGGGUUAUGAUACUAGAAAACAGGAUUAUUCUAAGACAAUUGAAGUUAACAGAAAACCUGAAUAUGUUGAAAAAAAACAUGAUUAUUUGGAUAAGAAAUUUGAUAGCCAUGAUAAAAGAUAUGAUCAACAACACCAAGGUUUUGACAAAAAACAAUUUUCUUCAAACUCAAAGCCUUAAGAAUUUGAAAAAUCCAAUUAGAAUUUAAUUAACUAAUUAAAAGAAGAGCAAUAAUAAACUGAUAGAUUAAGGGCAGAAUUGAAUUUAGUUAAAGAGAGAGAAAUGGAAUUCUAGAAAAGACUGUAUUCUAAUAUUUAUAAUAAUAUAGAUCAAAGUUAGAGUAAGAUUAUGAACAAAAACAUAAGGAAGAUAGAUAAAAAAUAUAAUAGGUUUAGGAUGAAAAUAAAAAUUUACAUUAAAAACUCAAUUAAGUUAAUAAGCAUCUUAAUGAGGAAUCAAAUAGAGUUAGAUAGUAUGAGUAAUAAAUUAGAGAUCUUGAGUAAGCUCUUAAUGAAAAUGUUUAAGAGUAAAAUCAUGUAUCAAUUUUUAUUUAUUAAUUAGGAAGAGAUUUAAUAAAUAUAUGAAGAAUCAAAUAUGAAAGACCAAAUUAUAGAAUAAUUGUAAUAGUAGCUUCAAGAUAUGUAAGCACAAAUUCAAUAAAUGGCAGAAGAAUAAUAAAAUAACAGCAGAAAUACUAGAAAUUAAUUAUCUUCUAAUAAGAAACUAUCAAAAAGUUAGGAUAAUGAAAAGGAUUUAGUGAUUUAAGAAUUAAAUUAGUAAUUAGAAGAAAAAAAUGAAGAAAAUCAUAAAUUGGAAGGUUUUUAAUUAAUUCAUUAAUAUUUUAGACUUGAUUGAAAAUUUCAAGCAAUUAUAUCAGCAUAUGAAUGAAGAAAAAUCUUAAUUGUAAGAGGAAGUUGAGAAAUUAGCAAAUGAAAAUAAUUAAUUUAGAGAAAUAUUUAGUGUAAAUAAUGUACUAAAAUUUAGUAAAAUUUGCAUCUAUUUGGGAUCGAUCCAGAGCAACUUAAUGAAGAAGGAGAAGGUGAGUAUCCUGAAGAAAUUGCUGAAGAGAAUGAUGAUCAAAAUGAUUGA